AUGAGCAUGACAACGAGUCGAAUAGAAGGACUUCCUGAAUGCUUGGAAGAGGACGAUGUUCACUUUUUGGAAUCAGUAACUAGCCGAUAUAAAGAACACAACGAAGAGAUGAGGAGUAGCAAAGAUAUCUUCCAAACGAAGAUCGAUACAUUUCCACAACGUACUGGUAUCAAUUUACAGCGAAAAGAAUAUGUUCCGCGGAAAACGAUGAUAGAGAAGACGGACGCAGAAUUGAGGCAACAGAUAGAAGACGAUUUGCGCUUGAAAAUUGAAUUUGAGGAGAAGAAGAUAGCGAUGUUGAAUGAGGAGAUGGGAUAUAUGCAAACUCAGAUAGGGGUAUAUGAGAAAGAAAUAGAAAAGAAAAGUAUGAUAAUAGAAAAUGAAGAACGGAAGAAAGAAGAGAACACCAACUUGUUAGGACAAUUUGGGAUAGAAAUUGAAGUGACCUGUGAGAAGAACACGACCCUCUUAAAAGUGUCAUUUGACAAGUUGGGAGAUAUCCCACAAGGCCAAAUAGAAUUGAAGAUUAUAAGUGGCAUAUUUAUAGUGAAUAAAUGUUCUCCAAAGGUUCUGGACAUCGAGAGAUACUUGUCGAAGUUGUAUCAACACCACAACUUCUUGAAGUUUUUACUUCAAGUGCGGUAUGCCUUUCCAAAGACUAAUUGA